UAUUAUACUGGGAAUGGAUUUUCUAUCCAAGUAUUCGACCAGUAUAGAUUGUAGGCGUAAAAUGGUGAUUUUUCAGCCGGAAGGUGAAGAUCCAUUUGUUUAUGUUGGAUCGGUUCAGGGGUCUCGGAUCCCGGUUAUUUCUGUGUUGAGAGCUAGGGAUUUGCUAUGCAAUGGUUGUGUAGGAUUUCUAGCGGUAGUAUUUGACUCCAGCAGACCUGAAACAUUUGGGCCUGAGGUAGUCCGGGUGGUGAAAGAUUUUCUUGAUGUGUUUCCCGAGGAAUUGCCGGGAUUGCCGCCACAGCGAGAAAUUGACUUUGUAAUUGAUUUGGCACCUGGAGUCGAACCCGUUUCUAAAGCUCCAUAUAGGAUGGCUCCAGCAGAACUCAAGGAGCUUAAGUUGCAACUUCAGGGGAUGCUUGAUAUUGGGUUUAUUCGACCCAGUGUAUCGCCCUGGGGAGCUCCGGUUCUUUUUGUGAAAAAGAAAGAUGGUUCCCUCAGAAUGUGUAUUGAUUAUCGGGAACUAAACAAGCUGACGAUUAAGAACAAGUACCCGUUGCCCAGGAUCGAUGAUCUGUUCGAUCAGCUUCAGGGAAAGACAGUGUUUUCAAAGAUUGAUUUACGGUCGGGUUAUCAUCAACUCAGAAUUCGGGAGGAGGACAUACCGAAGACUGCUUUUAGAACCAGAUAUGGGCACUAUGAGUUUCUGGUAAUGUCGUUCGGAUUGACUAAUGCUCCUGCAGCCUUUAUGGAUCUCAUGAAUAGGGUGUUCAAGGAUUUCCUCGAUAACUGCGUUAUAGUGUUUAUCGAUGACAUUCUUGUAUACUCUCAGUCAGAAGAGGAGCACGAGCAUCAUCUUCGAAUGGUGUUACAGCGACUUAGGGAUCACAAGCUGUAUGCCAAGUUCAAAAAGUGUGAAUUCUGGUUGUCCGAGGUGUCCUUUCUGGGUCAUAUUGUUGGGGUCACAAAACCCAACAGGGAGGCCUACAUUCAAGCACCAAAGAAUUUACUCUCCUUUUUGCAACAAAAAGCUAAGAUUAGCUGGGUUAAGGUGGGAGAUGACAACACUACUUUUUUUCAUGCCAGUAUCAAGGAUAGGAGGAGGCAGAAUAAAAUACUCUCUAUUGAAUCCAAAGAGGGUAUAAGGUAUGAAGAUCCAGAGCAAGUGACCAAAGCCUUUCUAGAGUUUUACAAAAGCCUCCUAGGGAAGAAAAUGGAGAAUAGGAAGAAUGUUAAGAAAUCCAUCAUGAGCCAAGGACCAUUGGUAACAAGCAAUCAGGCAGAGUUGUUGACUAGAGACAUCACUAAAGAGGAAGUUAAAGGAGCUUUAUUUGGGAUUCCUGGAUCUAAGGCCCCUGGGCAAGAUGGCUACUCAAACUUUUUCUUCCAGGACAACUGGGAAACUAUAGGAAAGGAACUUUAUGCAGCUGUGGCAUCCUCUCUCCAAACUUGCCAGAUUCUUAAAGAGAUAAACUCUACUGUAAUCACUCUUCUCCCGAAGAUGAAAUGUCCAAACACGGUGAGUGACUAUAGACCUAUUGCGUGUUGUAAUGUCAUCCACACGGUAGCAACAAAGGUGAUUUGCACUAGGCUAAAACAGAUACUACCUAAUCUAAUUGCUCCGAACCAAGGAGGGUUUGUCUCUAGGAGAUUCAUUGCUCACAAUAUUAUAUGUCAAGCCUUAAUCAGGCAUUUUGGGAAGAAAACCACCAAACCAGGAUGUGUGAUUAAGCUUGACAUUCAGAAGGCAUAUGAUACACUUGAUUGA